UUCGCUAUCAAUGUAUUGCACUUGGUCGUUAGUCUCGUUGUAUAAGUCAGCAAACUAGUGGUGUAAAAGUGAAGUACAUUAAUUAAUAUUAUACUACACACACAUAAUUAUCAUAUAAUUAUAUAUCUUAUCAAUUUAUCAUUGUUCUUGUACGAGUAACGAAAAUAAUAAUAUGCGUCGUAUACAUAUCUGGAGAGCAAUCGGUGCUUUGAUUGUUGUGAGUUAUUGUCAGGCACUUGAGCAAGAAAUUGGAGAUGAAUGUACAAACAAAAAUGGUGUUGUUGGAUUUUGUCAAUAUAGAAGCAAAUGUCAAAGAAGUACUGAUUUAGGAGCUGUAUGUAAUUCUAGACAGACAAUUAUUUGUUGUGCUAAAAAUGUUUUAAGAAACAAACAUUUUGUUUCUAAUAACGAUCAAAAAGAGGAUCGAUCAAUACAACCCCCAUUAGGUAUUAAUCCUGAUUUCUUUCAUGCACCAGUAUUACAACCAAAUCCAAUAACAAAUAUAAAUUUUUUUGACUAUCAAAAACAUAAGACUCCCAACUUCGUAGCUAAUGUUUUACACCAAAGUUCAAAUACUAUGGAGUUUGUUGAAGAUAGACCUUAUCAAAACUACGAACAAGAUGUAGUUAUUAAACCUAACAAUAAAAAUAAGACUACACCUAUUAGAACUACAAAUGAAUACGGGUUGUAUAACACUAAUAAUAGGCCAAAUUCAAACAAUGAAAAUGUUAUGUAUGGCAGUGACCAAACUACUAAUGCACCUCAAAAUUAUUACAAUUAUCCUAAUUAUGAAACACAGAGGCCUGUAAUUCAGCAUCAAAAUAACAAUUAUUUCAAUCAACCAUAUUAUGAAACAUACCCACAAAAUCAAAAUAAUAAUAAAAACAAAAAUUCUGUGCCCCAAAGACCAAAUUAUAAUCAAUAUGAUAAUCAACCACACCAGGUAACAUACGAAUCAAAUCAAAAUAAUAAUCCUAAUUAUUAUACAACCACCAAAAAACCACAGCAUAUAUAUAGCUCAGGAAACAACGAAAACAAUUCGCCGCUUCCAAACUACAGUCAAAUCAAUCAUAGUGGUUACAAUGAAAACAAUUCGCCGCUUCCAAACUACAGUCAAAUCAACCAUGGUGGUUAUGAAGAAAACAAGAGGCCAAGUCAAAAUACUAACCAUAAGACUAGUAGCAGUAUAUUAUUUCCUGAUGAUUUAACUGAUACAACAUUGACAACAACCACCAAAAAAUAUUACGAAUAUCAAAAUAGCCCGAAUGAAGAUAAUAAACGCAUCAGUGAAAAAAAAUGCGAAGAAUAUUCCAAAGCACUCAGAACAACAGUUUCUGUAUUACCUCUGUCAAUUGACACAGCAUCAAAGCCAGUGUCAAUAGAAAAAUGUGAUUCAAAAAGCGUUGGGUUAAUUGUUGGUGGAACUAAAGCUGAAUUAGGAGAAUUCCCACACAUGGUGGCAGUAGGAUUUCGAGCAGGGUCUGGAACUUCAUGGAAUUGUGGUGGUACAUUAAUUAGUGAACAAUUUGUGUUGACAGCUGCUCAUUGUACGCAUAGUACAUUAGGCACACCAGUACGAGUGAGAUUGGGAGAUUUGAAUUUACAGACCAAUAAUGAUGGAGCUCAUCCUGUAGAAUAUCUGGUGGAAGAAACCAUUGUGCAUCCUGAUUAUAUUAAAACAUCUAAGUAUAAUGACAUUGCUCUAUUACGUUUAGAUGAUAAAGUUAAUUUAAAUGACCACAUUCGGCCAGCUUGUCUUUACAAUAAUGACUAUAUCAAUUAUUCCCAAAAAGUUACUGCUACUGGAUGGGGAAGCAUUGAAUAUGGUAAUUUAAGACAUUCAAUACUUAACAUUUUAUUUGAUUUAGGCGACCGUUCCAGUGAUGAUUUAUUGAAAGUGGAUUUAGAUUUAAUAAAUAAUCGUCAGUGUGGUAAAUUAUAUGAAGCAGAAAGCAAAACAAGAACCCUAAAUAGAGGUAUUAUAGAUUCUAUGUUGUGUGCUGGAGAUUUGGCAGGAGGACAUGAUACUUGUUUGGGUGAUUCUGGCGGACCACUAGUAGUAAAAUCAGAGAAAAAUGCAUGUGUUUUCAAUUUAAUUGGGAUAACAUCAUUUGGAAAAUUGUGUGCAACAGAAAAUUCACCAGGUGUAUACACUAAAGUUUCAGCAUUUUUACCUUGGAUAGAACAAAUUGUUUGGCCCUAAAACUAAGAUAAUUUGUGCAUUAUGAUAUACCUAUUCAUAUUUAAAAAUAGCUUAUUUUUAUAUGUGUGUUUAAGAUUUUUGUAAAUAAUUAAAACUAUAUUAUUUUAAUUCAUACUUUUAAUAUGUUAGUCAUGUAUACAUUCAAGUUAUACUGAAUGAGGAUCAAUAUCUUCGAGAAGAAUAAAUAAAAUAAGUUGGGAAGUGGGUACUGCUUUACUAGGUGUGGUGGCUCAGUGACUGUGUGAGCCACUGUAAUGGAUGUGUUAAAUUUGAAUUCAAAGUUCAUUGUAUCUGAAAAACGAUCAUGAGCUAAGACCGUUUGUCAGC